CGCUUAUGUCAUAAGGCGUCAUGAGUGGGGGGAUUCCAUAUCUUGGCAGUAAAAUAAGCCUCAUAUCGAAGGCAGGAAUUCGUUAUGAGGGCAUAUUAUACACUAUUGAUCCAAAUGAAUCGACUGUUGCUUUAGCGAAAGUUCGAUCAUUUGGUACAGAGGACAGGCCAACAGAUCGUCCUGUGGCACCACGGGAUGAAAUCUUUGAGUACAUCAUCUUUCGAGGCAGUGACAUAAAAGAUCUUCAUGUUUGUGAGGCUCCAAAAGCACAGUCCUUGCAAGCAUCAAUGCCACCUCAAGAUCCUGCCAUAGUUAAGUCCUCUCAGCCAACGUCAUCAGGUUAUCAACAGCAGGGUGGUGGCGGUAGCGGUUUUGGAGGAUCCACUUACCAACACUUUUGCGGCCCUCAGUUGUAUAGUCAAUAUGGUCAAGCACCAGGAGCAGCUCCCCAACCUUUUGGAACUAUCCCAAAUCAAUCAGCAGGUUCCCGAGGUCCAUCUCCCAGUUUUAACCGUGCUUCCCCUACAGUGGAUCAGAGCAUACAAGUGGGUUCUCAACAAGCUAUACGACGCCCUGAAAAGCAUGAGUUGGAAGACCAUGACAGUUUUGGUCUUGACUUGGAAGGAUCAAGAGGUCCAACUCCUCCAAAUGUUCAGUCCAAUCGCAAAUCACCAACUCUUGAUCAAGGAACACAGAUGAGUCCAGAAAAGUCGCAGAAAAGUUUACAACAGCACAGUUUACAAAAUCAACAGAACAACAGUCAACAUCAAAUUGGAGAUAGGUCAAGAAAAAACCAACAGCAAAGACCUCAGUCUUCAAAUACAUACUCCAGGGGAGGACGGGGUGGAUUUGAGAGAGGAGGUCCAAGGGGUGGAAGAGGAGCACCUGCAGAUAAACAUGCUUAUUACGGAGGACCACCAAGAGGUAACACAGCACAGAGAGGGCCUAAUAGGGGUAACCAGCGGGGUCAGUCAUCUCGAGGCAGAUAUCAGUCAAACAGGAAAGUGGAAUCACCUCUUAAAUUUGAGGGCGAGUUCGACUUUGAGGAGGCAAAUGCUCAAUUCGAUAAAGAUGAGAUUGAACGGGAAUUAAAGGAGAAAUUAACAAUAGGUGAAAAGAAGGAAUCUGUCAAUGGUGAAAAGGAGGACAGUGUGGAAAAUGGGGAGGAGGAGGGUCCAGAAGAAGAUGAUGAAUUGUAUUAUGAUAAAAGCAAAUCCUUCUUUGACAACAUAAGUUGUGAAGCAACAGAGCGUGCCAAAGGGAAGUCAACCCGCCCAAGUUGGAGAGAAGAACGCAAGUUAAAUGUUGAGACAUUUGGCAUGUCAGAUAACCCCCGUCGAAACUUUAGGGGCAGAGGAAGGGGAUACUAUGGAGGAUUUAGAGGAAACAGAGGAGGAGGUGGAGGAUACAGAAAUGAUGGUUAUCGUUCUGAUAACUUCCGAGGCAAUUAUCGAGGAUUCAGAGGAGGUUUCCGGCCAUCAUACAGUAGAGGUGGAUCCAGUGGUGGUGGCGGUGGUAGUCGAAGUCAGGGAUGGGUGGAUUAUGAUUAUGACUAUGAAGCAGCAGGCAUAGAAAGAAGGGGAAACAAUAAUAGGAAAGCAGCAGCACAGUCAUAGACAACAAUGAAAACAUGGAUAGAAAAGAUAGGGUCACAAGAAGGCAGCUGACGUUAGAUUGGGGAGCGUCCUUUAAUGGCGACAAACAUUUGGAAGAUUAUGUUUUCAUGUACUGUCAGUUUCUGUGAAUUUCCAAAGAGAAUCCCCAUUUGAAAACUUUGUGAUAUAUUUUCAACUCUAGCGACUAUUGUCACCUGAAGAAGCAAUUUAGUAAGAGUGGCAAACAGUUGCAAUAAAUGAACUUGAUACUGUGUAACCAACAGCACUGUCAUAAUGCUCUUUAAUUUGUAACAGACUGUAUGCAACAGAUAAUGGUGCUAUUGCAUACAUGGUUAGUGUAAACAUUUGCACAGUGAGACUUGCAUGGGAUUACGAAUGUAUUUUCUUUUGAAGAAGAGGAGGACUAGAUUAUGAAGGAUUGGACACAGCAACAGUUAUAUUUAUUCAUACAAAGUAAUCCUUGACUAAAAAUUGCAGACAAAAAUGUUGUUAAUAACUCUUCAAAAAGUUUAUUUUUGGUACUGUAAACCAACUUUUAAUGUGUGCAAGAAGAUAUUUCUCACCACAAACCAGUACAUUAAUGUCUUGCAUUUGUUUAAGAUAAUCUUCAUAAAAAUUUGUAGACACAAACCAGUUUAUCACUGAAAAUCAUGAAAUAAAGUUUGAAUAAAAGUUGGUUUACAGUAUAUUGUAAAUUUAUUUUGUUGGAGCUAUUCCAUUUCAAUUUAUUUUGGAUGGGGAAAUGCCAUUUCUUGAUUAACAUUUAAAAACACCAACAAAAAACAACCACAACCAAAAGAACCCCCAGAAAAAGUCUUCUGGUAAUCAUGUACUCAAUUUUUUUUUUGUUUUUUGUUUUUGGUCAUUUUCAUUGAAAAUUACAAGUGUUCAUGAUUAGUCCAGUAUCGUAGAUUCAAUUAUUAUAUUAAUUUUAUUAACUACACUAUAUUUCUCAGAUGAUUAUCGUGUGUUAACAAAUAACAAUGUUGAUUGAUGAAUACAAACUGGCUUCCUAUGUAAAAGUUUGUUUAGUAAAAAUCUUAAUGCCAGGCUCUCCAGAUCAUUUUGGGCAAGAAAGGCCAUGACUUAUUUGGUGCCUUGACCACCCAUCAUUUUCAAAUAUGUACAUUUCCAAUGUGAUGCAGUUGUUAACAAUCGUGAUGAAUAUAGUACAUCUAUUUGAAUGGCUAAGAAUUCUGUUAGUAGUGAAAAUGGGUUAUAAAUAUAAAAAUUUAUUUCAUUAAUUCAAAAAUACAUGAGGGUAUGAACUGCAACACUUCACGUAAGUAAAGUGCAAUGUUAAAGUAAGCUGGCAUAAAGCUUUGCAGUUAGUGAAGAAGAAGAAAAUUCUUGGAGUACAAUUCAUGCAAAAUUAAGCUUUUGUGUUUGAGUAGUUGCUUCCCUUUAUUAAUGUUUGGCAUUUUACAGCUGUACAGCACAUAUUUUUUGUUUGGGCUUGUGACAGAUUGCCCCUCACCAUAGAAUAUUUUUUCUAAAUUGCCAGUUUCAAUGUAAAAAUCAUGGAGUCACAUGCCCACCAUCACUAGAAAAAUGUAAUUGGCAUUUCCUCCUCCUCCUCUCUGGUAGCUUAUUGUACAUUUCAUUUUGUGUUCUUGGAACUGAAAAUUUGGAAUUUUGUAGUUUUUUGAUUUGGAAAAUUUUUGAUUUACAAGAGGGCUUUGAUUUGAUAUUGGGCUUUUACAGAAGUAUUAUGCUCAUUGACCUUUGUCCACUUCUCAAAUGGAGAGCAAGCUUUGGUAUUUAGUGGGUAUAGUCCUUGUGACAAUGCUUUUCUUACUUUUGUGCAAUUGUUGGCAUGUUUCACAAGCACAUGUAUCUUUUUAUUUAAAAACGAAAAUCAAAUAAGAUAUGUAUGCAUCAAUUACCUCGAUCAGAAAUAUUUCUACCAGUUUGUUCUUGAGAUAAUUGAUCUGUAGGAUUUUAGUCCAGGAAGAAUUGAUUAGAGGCACAUCCGCUGGAAUAUGGAUGUCAGACAGUGUAUGAUCAUAUUGGCAAAUAUAUUUCGUUGGGAUUCCAGAUCAACAUCUAGAUGCCCCCAUUGAUGUUCAGGUCAAAAGAUGGUGGAGCAUUCAUUUCUGAUAGUCAUCAAACUUCAGAGGCAAUAUGAUUAUGACCUUGACCAGUAGUGAUCUUCAUUUCAAGGUCAAAGGUUUAAGACAACCAUAGAGCAAAUAUGUUGUUGAACUUUUAAAUGUGUUCAUUUCUGGAUGAUGGGAUCGACAGAAAUACAUGCUUUCUAAGUGCUAUCUAGUUCAGAUUUGAAAUUAAAGGAAUUUGUAAUGCUUGAUUUUAGGGCAAAGCCAAUCUGUAAACUUUUGUCUUUUGCACACCACAGUCUGAGUUUACCUUCCAGCGUAGAUCGCAGGUGUGCUAGACUGAUUGAAUGUAUUGGUUGUAAAAUAAAGUCUUGUGCUUUGUACAGUAAUAUGAACUUAAAACAUGCAGGGACUAUAAAUCAUUUAGAUUUAUUAUGCAUUGUAAAGUUGAAUUUGUGUUUUCAGCUCAUCCAUUACACAUCUCAUGUAAGUGAUCAACUUUUUUUGGCGUCUGUUUUGUGAGAAGACCUUUCUUUCCUACCAAAAUUUAUGACCUUGAGUUUGGUCAUAGGAGCAUCAAUGUUUCACAAACACAUCUUGUUAUAAUAUGCAGUGGGUCUUAUUCCAAAUUUAUGGCAUCUUUUAAGGGGUUGUAGUUAUCUAUAGGAUAAAAUGAUCAAAUACUAAAAGUUACGAAAAAUUAUAAGAUUCUUUUAUUGAACACUAAGUAGGUUUCUACCAAAUAUUUGAAACUUGUAGGUGUGAUGUUACAGGACUAAAAACCUGGCAUUCUGUGCAUAGAUGUACUAGGUGUAAUGCCUUCUUCAGAAAUAAAGAAAUUCUUCAGGCUUGGAUGCUGGGUAGAGAUACCAGGGGGAACUGAUGCUAGUGUACAUUUGUAUUAGUAUACCUGUGUUUGUAGUACUGAGCUAAAAAAAAAAAAAAAAAAAAAAACCACACUCUUGAAACGUCUCUUUCUUCAUACUGCGAGGAGGCUGGCCAAUAAUUAUGCAAACUUGAUUAUCCACCCUAUGUUGUCAGGAGCACAGAAAGGUUGCUUAUAAUAGGAUAUGCCAUGACUACAACCAAAAGUAAUUUUAGAAAACCUUUAUUUUGCGAAAAAUUUCGAUGUCAUCAACUAUACCUCCUCAGAAUGAACCAAAUUUAAUUUAUUACAAUAAUUAGAAAGAUCAAACUACCGGUAGUAUUGCUGGGUUUGAUUGUACUUCCUGUGAGAAAUUGUGAUUGUUUAUUCAUGGUAGGAAUAUAUAUUUAAUUUUGACAAUGUAUUGAAAGGAGAAAAACGGGUUGCUUUUGACAUGAGGUUAUGCCAUGAACUUUUUUCAAGAACAUUUAGAAAUUGCUAUUUUAACAUGAAUAACAACUAUAGCAGUUUUACCAGUGAAAAACAGCUGUGAUCAUUUGAAGAUUCAUAUAAUGAAAGCAAGACGAAUCGGGUGAGCGUUGUGGUCCACGGUCAUUUGCUUAUUGAGGCAGAUGUUUAUGAAUCGGCAUUAUUUCCUUGGUAAGACUUUAGUAAUUGUGCCAGUGUCUGACCGUGACAGUGUAAGAACCUUAGUCCUGUUGAUUCUCGUAAACAUUCACAUUCUGACAGUGAAAUCCAUUCUUUGAUAUGUAACUGAAUUGGGAGGAUGUGAUGAAUUUCGAAUAAAGAAAUGCGAAAUAUU